CUUAUGAGGACUGCACCUGCCGCGUUGUUGUUGUUGUCUACUCUGGGACAUGUUCUGUUUACUACGAACUCGGACGAGACAUUUCCCUAGGCCUCUAUCAUGAAGAAGUCAUUCAUCGAGCGAAUCUUCCCGAACCCGCAAGGGAGUGGCCUCCCACAGUACGAGCCUGAGUACCAUGACUCAAUCUCACAUCGUUCCACUUCGCCGCAAUCUCCUCCCCGUAUCGCUCUACAAGACUCCAUCGCGUCGACCUCCCACUACAGCGCCGGCGCAUUGGCCAUCUCACAUAGCCCACCGUCCCAAUCACUCGGUUCGUCCCUUGUACGGCACAAUGACCCGUUUCUACCGGUCGAAAGAGCAGCGAAGAAUCUUGAGAGGAUGCUACAGAGUCUCCUUGACGCACAGUCAGAAGGCCUAAGUGCCGGUGUGGGCGCAGACUUUCUGGACGACGCUUCCUCCAUGGGCAGUCUCACGCCCACCCCGUCUGUUGCCACGCCGUCCAGAGCAACCGCAAGUCUGAAAACUAUACCCGUGAGACAGCCAAAACAGAAGACGACAACACUGCGAGAAGCUCGUCGUGGCCUGUCAAAAGCCAUGACCGAAUUCGCGGCGCUGAAAGACUGGGAAGUGACGCUGAUUGAUCGUCAAGUCCAGGUACGAGACGACGCUCUCAAAAAAGCCUCUGACCUUAAGAAUCGCAAACGGCUGCUGGACGACGAGGUGCAGAAGAUCAAGAGCGAGAGCGUGGCCGAUAGUCUACGCUCCGAGGCGGAGAAUGUGCAGCACGAAAUACAGGAGCUAGAGGCCCGGCUGCUCGAGCUUCGAACCAGACACCGACACAUGCUUGAUCAGGUUCGAGAACUGGAGAGCUCGAGAGAUUCCAAGCUCAGUUCGUACACGGAAGCAUCGACCCUGAACGAGAACAAGAUCAAGUCUUUCCUACGGCAGCCGCCGGUCCCUCAGAUAGGCGUGGGAGACACUGCUGCGGCCGACAUGUACGCUUUGAAACCGGAGAGGCGGACUCUGCAGAUGGCUCAGGACCAGUGGACUUCGGAGCUGAAUAUGUUGCAAUUGCGGAGAGCGGACGUGGACAGUGAGAAGGCGGCGCUCCAACAAGGCUCGAAGCUCUGGCGCGAAGUGGCGCAUCGUGUCAGAGAGUUUGAGAGGGCUCUUCGUGCGCAGACCAAAGAUAUGACGCUAUCGCAGAUGCAGGCGGCCAGUGAUGGCGCUGGUGAUGCUAGCACCACCAAGGACGGGUCCAAAGAUGCAAUCUUCUCCCAGUUAUCGGCGCUCGUGACUUACCUCCAAGAUGCCCUGGCGCAGGCCGAGUCAAAGAACUGGAAUCUGCUCAUCUGCGCGAUCGGAGCUGAGCUAGUGGCUUUUCAGGAGGCUCAGGAAGCGCUUCAGCCGCCAUCGGACGCGGCGAACGGCGAUCAUGGCUUACUGGGUGACGAGCACCAGGUUGUGUCGCAUCAAAACCUCAUGAGUGCUGGGCUGGCUCCUACCAACGGGUCGCGAACGCAGAGUCCGGGGGAGAAAAGCAAUCGUAGCCUGGAAGACACGUUACGAGAGUUUGGGAAUGGGCUGAAUAAAGGGAAGCAAAGGGAUCCAGAACCGGCACUCGAAACUGACCUGGGAUCCCUCGACAAUGGCUCCGGUUUUGGACCUGAUGCGGAAUCACACAAAGCCGCUGGCUCGACCUCGGAAAGUGAGGAUGAUGACCCUGGGCCGGAGUUCUUGCUCUCACAUACUUAGCCUGCAUACCUUGAGGAGCAAGUCAUUGUAACAAUUACGAAGACCGAACUGAGCGUUGGGCGGUUAGCAUUUUCCAUGUUUACAUUUAUCAUUAAUCAUCCAGAGGCACUCGUUUGUGCCUCGUGCAACCGUCUUCUGAUCUCUGUGCUACUGAUCUUGCUUUCGAAGUUCUGCUUCUCCUGCUUGUCCCCAAUUUCGGAGUCAUCAAGACCCGCACCAGCGUCCAGGACAUCGACUUCAAAGACCUCGAGCUCUUUCCAGCCUUUCUCCUUGCGUUUGUCAUUCACCGCUUUACCACCGGCUCGCGUCUCACC